UGAUUGAUUUGCAACAAUUGAAUAACAAAUGUAUUUUAACAGUAUCACCCUCUCGUCUGUCUUACAAUUUUCGAUUUGAAUUAUUCAAAAAGGCGCACGAUUACGCGCCCAACAAAAUUGUUCGUAUUUUCUCAAUUCCAUUACGCACCUUAGAGGUUAUAAACGUCAAAGUGAAGUUUCACUGAAACGAACAGCGGACUGCAUACAGUCAUUAUUGCACCAAGAAAAACAUCAGAAAAAUACAAAAAAUAUAUUCCUGAACCCAGCAUUGCACUUUUUCCACUUCACGUGUCGAAAUUGGCACUAAAAAAUUAACAAAUUACGGAAACAGCGCAAUAUGUUUAAUCUACUAAUUUAUUUAUUGUUAUUCUACAAUAAUGUGCACGGAUACAGUGUUAUGGACCAAGAAACACCAGAGGAACAUCGUUUAUUGGAUUCUAUGAGCAAUCGCCUCAGUAAUUUACACCAGGAAGUUCUCCAAGAGCAGGAUUCAUUCGAAAAUGCAUUGGAGGCCUGGACAGGUCGAUGGAUGCCAGAUCACGAUCCAAAACCAACAGCUGCACCAAAAAUUAGCUCUGUCGAAUCGUCUGGACAUCAUGUGAUUCCAAUGGGACCGUCUAAUGACUGCGAUGAUGGAAAUAGUAAUUUAGAGGUAGAUUGGGAUCAUUCUCCAGUGAACUACACGUGUUAUGGUCGAAAAAUCACUCCGGAUUUAUCGAUUGCUUCGAAAUACUACUGCGAACAUGUUCCUAAAUAUUAUUCCGCCCUCCACAUGUGCAUGCCCGAGAGUAUAAAAUAUGAUGAUGUCAUUCCAUUGUAUGGAAAUCAUCGUCCUGUAUGGCCGGUGUACGGAGAAUAUGUAUUUCUUCCGAAACAACGGUGGUUGCACAGCAUGGAGCACGGUGGAGUCGUCAUGCUCUAUCAUCCAUGUGCGAAUCCCUUGCUAGUGAAACAAUUGAAAGAUCUAGUCAGAAAUUGUCUGAGACGCCACAUUAUUACGCCCUACAGUCUCUUGAGUGAGGAUCGGCCAUUAGCACUGGUGACCUGGGGUUGCCGUCUGGAGAUGUCUUACGUAAAUCGGAAUGUCGUGGAAAGUUUCAUCCGGAAAAAAGCUCUCCGAGGGCCAGAAGCUAUCAGUAAAGACGGUAUUUUUACGGAUGGACUAAUCAGUAAAUCUAGAAUUGUAACCGAUCAGGAUGACACUACCCUAUGCCCUCGGAUUCACUUCCAAUAGUCGGCGAUUUUCACUGUUUCUUUUUAAAAAUGUAUUAUUCGGAAUUUCUCUAGAUUUUUCCAUCUUUGAAUGAGUUACGAUUUUUAAACAUUUUUUUACGUUUGAUUUUAAUUUAAAAUGAUAUACUUUAAAUAUAUUCGUUAAUAAGUUAUCGAAUUGUUUUAUGGAAGUAUAAGGAAAAUUUCGUAAUCGAUGGACAGAAUUGCGAGGGAAAUUGUUUAAAAAAGAAAAACAAUUGAUUAUACCUCAUAGAUUGUUGUUAACUGAAAGAAUGAUUCUAUAGUAUUUUAAUUCUCCUCAGAUCUCGAUAAUUGAUCAUGUCUUGAACGUAAUAAUUCAUCUCUAUUGACCUAGUGACCUGUAAUUAUCUGUAUAAUACUUUGCGUUCGUACAUAUGUAUAUAACCAAUGAUAAAUAAAUAUGUACAACCUGUGAA